AUGGGGGAGACCUGCGGACCGCAGUGCCUGAGCCGCGCGGAUUGCACGCACUUCACGUGGAGUGCCUUUAACGGCGGCACGUGCUGGCUGAAGGGGGCGAUCAACGCGACUGAACUGGUCGUCGCCACUGGCACGUCGUGCGGUUACCGCGUCAGCGAUAGCGCGACCGGCAACCCGUACACGGGAGUCCAGCAGUACCUCAACCGCGGGUACGCGGCGAGCGUGAAAUCCGCAAUGCUCGCCGCGUCUCGCGAGGACGCGCCGUUUUUCGCGAGCGUGGCGGAGAAUCCGACGGCUGUGUGGCUCGACAAUAUGGCGUCCCUAGAUUCCAUCCCAGGCCAUCUUGACGACGCAGCGGCUCAGGCGGGCGGGAAGGCGAUUCUCGUGCAAUUCGUGAUCCACGACCUCCCGGGCCGCGACUGCAAGGCGUGGUCGUCCAAUGGGGAGAUUCCCAAGGGCGGCCUCGACACGUACAAGAGCAAGUACAUCGAUGUUGCCGUGGCGCGCCUUAAAAACAAGGCGGCGAACGUGCGUCUGUCGUUCGUGAUCGAGCCCGACUCGCUGCCCAACAUCGCGACGAACAUGGGGAUGAAUCGGUGCGACGCGACGACGGAUAAGGAGUACACGGAGGGCGUCGCGUAUGCCAUCGCGGAGCUCUCGCAGAUCCCCGACACCACGCUCUAUCUCGACUCGGGCUUCGGCGGCUGGCUCGGGUGGCCGGAGGGAAUGAAGCGCGUGGUGGCGGUGUACAUGAAGGUCCUCGCGCGCGCGCGGCAGAUCCGCGCGAACGCCAAGAUCCGCGGCUUCGCGUCCAACAUACCUUCGGGUCACUCAUCUCUCUUCCUCCCUCCCCAUGAGGCAUCUCUCUUCCCCUCCUUCCCAAGGAAGAUUCUGGGCGUGAUUGCCGUGGAUCGCGAAUGCGACCCUCUUGACCCCCUGGGCCUGGACGCCCUGGCAGACGCGCCGCGAGCUGGCCAGUGGUUCCAGUCGCAAUUCGCCAUGCUCGUUCGCAACGCGAAUCCGCCCAUGCCUGCUGGAAAGGUGGACCCGUGCAUGUUUGAUCCGAAAACGAGCCCCGCGUGCGAUCCGUUCUGGGAGGACUUGGCCGUCAAGUACUCCCUGCAGUACAAGUUUCACCCGGAGGAGACCAUAUGGCCAAUCACGAUCGACGAAUACCUCACCCAUGUGACAGAGUCCAUCGGUCAGUACACUGAGAACUACAAGACUAAAGAGAUUCAGUACCAGGCGGGCCCGAUCACUCCCGAGAACCUCGAUACGCUGCUGGGGGAUGGGGUGUUGAAGACCGACCGUGGCCGAACUGUCCUGCUCAGUUCGCGCGACGAGAUUACCAAGGAUACGGAUUGGGUGAAGGACUCGGCGCACAACCCAUCAAAAGGAGGCACGAAGGUGUACACGAUCAUCUAUAAUCCGAAGCCGGACGACGCUGAUUCGUUUGUGGAGAUUCAGUAUUGGAUGCUCUACCCCUAUAACUACGCCUCCAUCCUCCGCGAGUACAACCACAUCACGGACCUGGUGGCGAUUGCAAUCCGCUUCUCAAAGACCGGCCAGACGCAGCGCAUUUGGUACGCGCAGCACGGCGACGGCCCCGUGUGGGCGUGGGACACCGGGGCUGACUGGAAUGACCCUAAGUCAAAGAACUUCGCUACAGUGCUGGGAACGCAUCCCAUUGUGUAUGUCGCCAAGGGGAAUCAUGAGCAUUACCCUAGCGCCGGUGAGUAG